CUUCUUCGCUCGGUGUAUAUACAAGACACUCAAUCACCAAACACAUCAAAGUUAACUUUUAAAAAAAAGAGGGCUACGGAGCGGUCUGAUUGGCGCCGGGUUUCCAAUGGAGACCAUGACGCAGGCGGUUUGGAUGGUCUCCCAGCUGAACUAGAUUGUUACAUUAAAUUCCGGCCAGUUUCCUCGUUGGUGAUCAAAUUGGAGAGGAGUUUCGCUGGGUUAGGAACUGACCGCCCGUCCUUUGACCAAUUCUGCUCCUAAUUGAUAACAAACACGUGAACAGCAUUGAUGGGAAGAAAAGGGUGGGAUUAAAGGGACACUGUUCUGCUCCUUCACCUUCACGGCGCACAUCCAUGCACUUGGAACACCUUUAGGGGGGGUUUUUUGUUGUCUUUUGUGGUGUAUGGUCUAUCUGUCCAAUCAAGCAAAUUCAACUCUUCUCCAACACCGACCACGGCUUGCCGCGCUACUGUCUGUUACCCUGGCACCGGCUCUGACCUCGGACACCACCGACCCCAGUUAAUUUUUUUGCUUUGCUUUUUUUGGGGGAGAACCGUCUCCUAUCGUUCCUGGAGACCACGACGGAGAACCGGCAACCUCCAGAGGAAAGUUUCAGCAUGAGUACGAAAGCUGAUGACCACAACAACAAUAACGAGGAAGAGGUCCGCACACUUUUUGUCAGUGGUCUUCCCAUGGAUAUUAAACCACGAGAGUUGUACCUUCUUUUUCGACCUUUUAAGGGGUAUGAAGGGUCACUGAUCAAACUCACCUCAAAACAGCCAGUUGGUUUUGUAACAUUUGACAGUCGAGCUGGAGCUGAAGCAGCAAAAAAUGCAUUAAAUGGUAUUCGAUUUGAUCCUGAAAAUCCUCAAACUCUCAGGUUGGAAUUUGCGAAGGCUAACACGAAGAUGGCCAAAAGCAAGCUAAUGGCUACACCCAACCCCACAAACAUGCACCCUGCCUUGGGAGCGCACUUCAUUGCACGGGACCCCUAUGACCUUGCAGGAACAGCACUCAUCCCUGCAUCUCCAGAGGCCUGGGCUCCCUAUCCACUGUACACAACAGAACUGACCCCUGCCAUCCCACAUGCUGCGUUUACCUACCCCGCUGCUGCUGCUGCAGCUGCUGCACUUCACGCUCAGAUGCGUUGGUAUCCUCCAUCUGAAGCUUCUCCACAAGGAUGGAAGUCUCGUCAGUUUUGUUAAGUAUUUAACUACCCCAAUUCAACAAUUAACAUUUCUCCAUGGAGUGAUUAUGCAAGGACAGACUGGAUUUUGUUUUGGGGGUCGUUGGUUGAAGGAGAUCUUGAACAACUGCUUCACUUCCUCUGCACUGGAGCAGUCACUGGCCUGUGGAUUAAAGAACUUUUGAACUUUCAAGUGGGAGGACCUGUAAACUGGCAGUCUGAUCAAUCCAUCCGGUGCAAGGACCAACUGUAAAAUGGCACCAUUGCUGUGAAACUUCAAAAUUUAAGGUUGACAUUGAUGGAACUGAAGUACAAAGACCAGCAUGGAAUGCUGGUGCUCUUAUAAAAUGUUUCUUUUCAUAAAUGCCUCCAUCUGGUUCUUCUACCUCCAUCCCUGCCCCUCCUCCCCACCUCUCCACAUUCCUAUUGAUCAGGACUAUCCAAUGUAUGAAGAUGGCUCAAAGAAGUGCAAUUAUCCUCCCAAUCUGUGGUGCUCUUCUGAGAAGGAGCCUUGUCGACAUUGCCAUUGGAAGACUUGUUUUUUUUGGGAUGUCUGCCUGUAUGUUGAAGUUCUCACAGCCUCUGUUUUAGUGCCCUGGCUAGUUAACUUGCCUCCUCUGGAGAACCCAUCUUGCCAAAUAUCAGCUGUUCUUGUUAAAAGUAUUUUGAACAAUAUUGAGUACAAGUAUUUUUGUACUGGUGUAAUGAAGAAUAUUUAUGCAUCAAGGACUUUUUGUGCAAUUAAAAUUGUAAUCUGUAUUAUAACUUAAUGUUAGUUCAGUUGAGUUUGGAAAUGCUGAAUAUAGCCUGUAAUGGUAGUUUAAAAGUGCAAUUGUAUUGUGUUUUUUGCUUAUUUUGCUGUUAAGUACUUAAAGUAUUAGGAGUGUGGUUGCAAUGCUUGUACAAGGACUGCAAGACUUUGAGAUGCAAGUUGCUGAUCCUUUAGAAUGUGAAACUGGAUUAUAAAAGACGAUGUUAAAUA